CAGCUAGGGUUUUCUACAGUAAGGGAUACCUCAGGAGCGGAAUAGCUUUGUCUUCCAUUGGAUUAUUUGCCGCUUUGUCAAUUGAAGGCACAGUAAGAGGCUGUCCAGACGCAAAAUGAGGGCAACAAGCUUCCUCGUGGGUGUUUUUCUUAUUUUUGGUGCCCUAGAAGUACGUCGCACGUCCUGUUACAUGACAGCAACUCCUGAGUCAGAUCUUGCAGAUACACUUGUUCUAUCUGGCUGCAAUCGCCUUAACCUAAGAGAACGUUGUAUCAUGGGAGCUCAAUCUGAAUAUCGCACCUUUGACGGCACAUGUAACAACCUUUGUAAUAUUACCAAUGGAGCCGCCGGUGUGCCAUUUGUACGUGUUCCGGGCCUAGAACCUCCCACUGCUUUUGCACCAGGCUUCAAACCCCGAGUGGAAUCGGUCAUCUCUGGCAAACUUCUCCAACCAUCAAGGAAAAUUAGUACAACUGUCUUCGGCGGCACAGACGAUAAUGUGAACGGCACUAAUCCAAAUUUUACCCACGUGACAAUGACUUGGGGGCAAUUCAUAGAUCAUGAUGUUACCCUUACUCCGUUAGUUCCAGGUGUAGAAUGUGGGUCGCAGACUGAACCAUGUCAACCCAUCCUCAAUUGCAUCAACAUCCCUUUAGUUAAGCCACUUGCUAAUAAUAGUACCCUACAGUGUAUACCCCUUAGGAGGGCCUUACAGGAUGAAAAUGGCGAGCAGCAAAACAUCAUAACUUCUUACGUGGACGCUUCAAUGGUGUAUGGUUCAAGCCUUGAAGCAGCAGAGGAACUGCGUGACCCAGAAAAUCCGAAACUUUUGGCAAUCAUGGACCCCACAAAAUCUGAAACAGAGCAGCGCUGUGCACUCCUUCCGCGAGCGGGGGGCGAAGCUUUCUGUAGAUCUCCGAAUACGAUGGAUAAACCUUGUUUCAAGGCUGGUGAUGAGAGAGUCAAUGAAAACCAGGCUCUCAUGGCAAUGCACACGCUAUGGGUUCGUGAGCACAAUCGUAUUGCCAGAAAACUGGCGGAAAUAAAUCCAACAUGUGAUGAUGAGGAAAUUUAUCAGUUGGCGAGGAAAAUUGUGGCCGCUCAAAUUCAGCACAUCACCUACAACGAAUGGCUUACAGUACUCUUCAGUGCCGAAGUUCUGGAAAAGGCAAACUUAACAUUGGUGCCACCUGGCGAGUUUUUCAAGGGAUAUGAUCCAAGCGUGGAUGCAACAAUUCAGAACAGCUUUGGUGCAGCAGUCUUGAGAGUCGGCCACACCUUGAUUCGAUCUUCAUUCAACUUGAUUGCGAAUUCAAAGAUCAGGAGAAGCAAGCGGCGCCUUUAUCGCGGAAGUAUUGCGACGGAUUUUUUCACUCCACAGGACUUAUUCCUUGGAAUAAAAUACAACUUCGUAGAUGAAAUCUUACACGGCCUCACUUUUGACCUAGCUCAGCUAAUCGACAACAACUUUGUUCCUGAAAUUAGGGAGGAUCUUGUUAUUGAAGGACCUAUGGACGGUAUCAAGGGCGACCUUACUGCAAUAAACAUUGAGCGAGGCCGGGAUCAUGGCUUACCGCCCUACGUAAAAUUCCGAGAACUUUGUGGAGCGGGGGUAGCGAAUUUCUUUCCUGAUCUCUUGACCACAACAACCCAAGUAAACAUCAAAAAACUCAAACAAGUUUACGCAACUGUGAAAGACAUCGAUCUUUUCCCUGGCGGCCUAACCGAGUUCCCUGCUGAAGGAAGCGCAAUAGGGUUCACCUACACCUGUCUUCUGACCGGGAUGUUUAAAAUACUUCGCAAUGGCGAUCGAUUUUGGUACGAAAGAAGUAAUUCUGUUGGGUUCACAUUGCCUCAACUGGAUGAGAUACGUAAGACAUCACUGGCACGAGUGUAUUGCGACAACACCGCUUCCAUAAUCUUCAUUCAGCCAAAAGUCUUCCUUCCGCAAACGAACAAAUUUGGAGAUAAUCCGGCAACAGAUUGCGACAACCUGCCCAUGGUAGACUUGGAAAAAUUUAAAAAGGAGCCUGAAGAAUCUAAUGCUGAAGUACCUGCAGAAGUACCUGUCUGACGAGCUAAAGACCUGGCGUGUUCGAUUUAAACUCACUGCUGAUGAAUAUCACUGUUCUCUUUUUCAUUCAUUUAUUUAUUUAAAGGUGCCUCAAGUAAGCAAUUAAUAACCAGUUAUUAAGUUAAUCUAUUAACCAUCAACUAACUGUAACACUGAUGUUAUGCAUUGUGUAACUGUUUUUACAGAAGGAAUUUUGGCGAAAGAUCAAGUGAAGAAUGUGUGUAGCAUGAGUUUUAUGUCCGUGUGAUAUGAUGGUUCAUUUUUUCAUGUUCGGUAGUUAAGUUAUGGUAGUCCAUGGUCACUUAAAUUAUUUAUCAAUUUAGUUGUAGACUUCAGUCGGUUCAUGCCUAGUCAGAGGUAGACUGGGCCACUCAUUCUAAAAUAUACAUAGUUCGUAUUCAACUCCAAUGUAUUACUAAGACAAUGCCAUGUAACUUUGCUGUUUAAUUUGAGGAAAUAAACCUUUCAGU